AUGGCCACUCCCACCGCAACCGGUACAGCCGAUUUCGACGCCAAGGCAGGCAAGCCGUGCCAGACCUGGUACGAAGUCCACGGCGACCUCAAGUCUGGUGUCACCCCCGUCGUCGCGGUACACGGCGGGCCAGGAUCUACCCACCACUACAUCCGCUCCUUCAUCGAUCUCGCGGCCGUAUAUUCUAUCCCCGUCGUCCUUUAUGAUCAGCUCGGAAAUGGGAAUUCCACUCAUAUUCCCGAGAAAUCUGGCGACGAGGGCGCGUUUUGGACCGAGCAGCUCUUCCUGGAUGAGCUCGAUAACCUCCUCCGCCACCUCGGCAUCCAGGACAACUACGCGCUCCUCGGACAGUCUUGGGGCGGAAUGCUCGCAGCGCGCCAUGCGACGAGACAGCCCAAAGGCCUGAAACGCCUGAUUAUAUCCGACAGUCCAGCCAGCAUGGCGCUCUUUGUUAAAGCAGCUAACGAAGAGCUAAUCGCGAAGCUCCCGGCUGACGUGCGGGAUGCCAUCAUCAAGCACGAGAAGGCUGAGACGACGGACUCGCAGGAGUACAAGGAUGCUGUAGGAGUCUUCUACAAGCGCCACCUCUGCCGGCUCGAUCCCUGGCCCAUCGAGCUCCUGCAGAGCUUUGAGUGGAUGGAAAAGGACCACACGGUCUACAUGACGAUGUUCGUGACUCUGGCAACAGUGAACGGGCCGUCCGAGUUCCAUGUCAUCGGAUCCCUGAAGACCUGGACUAUCGAAGAGGAGGCACACAAGAUCAACGUCCCGACGCUGUUGCUUAACGGCGCGUACGAUGAGGCGACAGACAGUACCGUGUUGCCGCUGUUCAAGGCGAUUCCGAAGGUCAAGUGGUAUACGUUCGCGCAGUCGAGCCACACGCCGCACUGGGAGGAAAGGGAGAAGUACAUGAAGCUCGUCGCGGAAUUCCUGACCACCUGA